CAAACUAUGAAUGUGUCAACGGCGUCAGCUGUAAGGUAGAUGUCAACUACUUAUUCAACUCGUUGCGAACUCAUUCCGGUCGUAGAAAGUGUGAAAUAUCUGGAAAAUGGGUGAAGAAAACAAGGAUUCACCACCAGGCGAAUCGCCUGAAGUGGUCGAAGCCAAAGAACGUGAGGAACUUCAGAACUUCAUCUCGGAUUUAGGCGCGAAAAUUGCCUCCAAAACGCAACUGCGAGAAGAAAACCUAAAAUGUGUUCGUCCCGACGAGGAUUACUUUACUCGACUCGAUUCCAAUUUGAAAAAGAACACGGCGUUCGUGAAAAAGCUGAAACAGUUCACAGGUUCACAAUUGGAGACUCUUCUAAAGGACAUGAAUGGUCUAAAUCUCACGAAAUACAUCUCUGAAAUAUGUACAGCUCUCUCCGAAGCUAAACUGAAAAUGACUGAUGUUGGACCUGUCGUUCAACUGUGUUCGAAACUUCAUCAAAUUUAUGUUGACUUUGGCGCACAGUUCCUCGAAGCCUGGCAAAAGAUCUUAACAAUUAAAACUGGAGAGAAAAUUGCAAAUGCCAGUAAAAUGCGUGUCGACCUUCGACUAUUCGCCGAUCUCGUAAGUUCGGGAGUGAUAAGCAAUAAGCAGGGAUUAUCUCUACUUGGAAGCGCGUUGACAAAUAUUAUUUCUCAAGACAAAGAAGAUCACAGUAAUUUUUCAAUCAUUUUAUCAUUUUGUCGACAUUGUGGUGAGGAAUAUGCCGGCUUGGUACCAAAGCGCAUUGCCGAUUUGGCAGAAAAAUAUCAAAUGACAAUACCAAGAUCAGAUUUUCUUUCAUCUGAGAAACAACAAAAUCUGAAAGCAAUGCUUCGCGACUACUUCAAAACUCUAUGCACACAUUUGAAGUCUGAGCAUUCUGAACUACAAGCUAUGACACGCAGUAUUCAUCGGACAAUGGAAUCGAAAGGUGAAGUAUCAAAUGAACGUCGCGAGAAAUGCGAACUGAUGCAGGCGAAUUUCGACAAACUUUUUACUUCUGCACAAACUUUAUCUGACUUGCUAUCAGAACCGUUACCCGAACUACCCAAAGAUCAAGAAACAGGUACAACGGGAAUCGUUCUGGAUAAUUUGAUUGAAGAUAGUUCUGCAGGCGAACUAGAUCCGUGGGGCGAUGAAGAGACGAAAAGUUUCUACACGGAUUUACCGGAUUUGCGGCAAUUUUUGCCGAAUUACUCUGCUCCAAAACAGGAUCCUUCUCCAUUAGAAGAACCGGCUCUAACAGAAGAAGCACUGGAUGUAGACAUUGAUCCCGAACAACUAGAAGUUGAUGAUCCGCCAUCAACAUCGUCAGAUCCACCGGCACAAUCUGGAUCACCUGAGCCAGUUGCUGAAGAAAUUCCGUCGCCUUCGAUGCCUAGUGCAGCUUCGAGCGGCAACACGAAACAUCAUUUCGAACAAUUCUUGCAAAAUUUAAACAACUGCGUUAAUAAGGAGCUCAUCGAUUCAGCUGCUAUUGAUUUUCUAUUGAGUUUCAACACGAAAAACAAUCGGAAGAAGUUAACGAAGAGCAUCUUUGCUGUGCAGAGAACUCGCUUGGAUCUUCUUCCCUUCCUUGCACGAUUUGUCGCCACCAUCAACUUAGUUUCACGCGACGUAGCCAUCGAUCUGACGUACCUGCUUAAAAUGGAAUUCAAAUGGCACAUAAAGAAAAAAAAUCAAAUGAACAUUGAGUCCAAGAUCAAAGUUGUACGAUUCAUUGGAGAACUUGUGAAAUUCGGAUUAUAUCCAAAAAUCGAGGCACUCUUCUGCUUGAAAAUUCUUCUCCACGAUUUUCAGCAUCAUCAAAUCGAAAUGGCGGUUGCUUUCCUUGAGGUGGCCGGUGUAUAUUUAUACAAUUCUCGUGAUACCCGCCUUAGGACGAAUGUGUACCUUGAACAGAUGAUACGGUUGAAAACGGUGACGGCUUUGGACUCAAGGCAUUCGGCACAAAUUGAAAGUGUAUAUUAUUUAGUGAAACCUCCGGAAACGGUAGCAAGCGUGCAAAAAGUACGUCCGCCAGUCCAUGAAUACAUACGCCAUUUGAUAUUUGAAGAGCUAUGCAAGGCUAACGUCGAUAAAUGCAUAAAACUGAUGAGAAGGCUAAAUUGGGAGGACGAAGACACCUUUAGCUAUGCCUGCAAAUGUCUUUCAAAAGCCUACCUUCUUCGGUUUCCUUUGAUCAGAUGUCUUGCUGAUUUAGUGUCUGGAUUAAGUUCAUACCAGGAAAAAGCUGUGACCCGAGUGAUAGAUACGGUUUUUGAAGACACAAGGGCAGGAUUGGAGAUCCAUUCGCCCCGGUUAGCACAACGACGAAUCGCAAUGGCCAAAUAUCUAGGGGAGCUUUACAAUUAUCGAUUGAUUGAAUCAGCGAACGUGUUGAACACUCUGUAUUCUAUCAUAUCGUUAGGAGUGUCGACUGAAGAAGGCGUCUAUUCGCCUUUGGAUCCACCAGACAGCCUUUUUCGCCUGAAGCUCGGAUGCACACUUCUAGAUACUUGUGGACAAUAUUUCACGAGCGCUGUAAGUCGAAAACGAUUAGAUUACUUUCUAGUCUUCUUCCAGCAUUACUAUUGGUAUAAGAAAAGCAAUCCGAUAUUCAGUCGCGAUAACACGUCAGAUUUAUUCCCAAUUCUCGUCGAUCAUAUGUAUAAGGAUUGUAUGUCCACGGUCCGUCCAAAAUUGAAGUUAUUUAAAAACUUGGCACAGGCACAAGAGGCGAUAGAGAAACUUAAGCGGGAAUUAUAUCCACAAUUAUUUGCCCAACCGAGCAGUCAUGAUGGAGCUGGUGAUACCGAAGUGGAAAACAAUUUAGAGGCGAUACGUGAAGACAGUGAAUUCGAUGAGAUGACUGAAGAUACCUCGGAGGCAAUCGCUGAUGAUUCAGAUGACGAAGUACGAGAUCGACCUGAUAAUGAAGACGACAAUGAGGACUAUCGGCCGGAAUCUCCUAACGAGCAAAUCGAAGAAAGUCCACCGACACUGGAAAAGACCCAAGAAGAUCUUGAAUUUGAAAAGAUGUUUGAGAAAAUGUCUACAGAUAGCUACCAAGAACGUUUACGGGACACAGUCAAACCAAGCACAAAAGAUAUUCCAGUUCCUAUGAUGAUGAAAAAUAGCAAAAAGACUUACGAUCAGUUACAAAAUAGCAACAAUUCAGAAAAUGAAUCCGCUGAAAAUGCUGUACCCUUUGUUUUAAUGCUACGUGGAAAUAAGGGGGGCAAACAGCAGUUCAAGCGGUUUAAUGCGCCAUCUGAUAGUCCGCUGGCAGUUAAUUUGAAAUUACAAGAACAGAAGAUACGCGAGGAAAACGAAAAAGUGAAACGAUUGACAUUGAAUAUUACAGAAAGAAUUGAAGAGGAAGACUACCAAGAGUCUCUGCUCCAAUCUCAAAAACAAUCAGCAGCACAAGGACGCUUCCAACGACAGAAUAAACCGGCGAAAUUCAAACAUCAGAAGGGUGCUCCAGAUGCGGAUUUGCUUUUUAAAUGAAAAAUAGAGGAGAAGGGAGUGAAAUCAAACGCAUUUUUACAGUUUCAUUUUUUUGUUAAUAUGUUACACAUUUCAUUGAAAUAUAGUUUUAAAA